UCUAAUUCAGUUUGCGUUCAUCGACAGGAACGACGGUUGUGAUCCCUCCACUGGUGGUGACACGAAUCAUAAGCAUUAUUUCAUACCUAAAAAACAAAAUCUACAAAAAAAAGCUUCAUUCCCAUCGAAAAAACUUUCUUGUGAAAUCAACCGAGCUAACAAACAACAUCCUGUGCAAAAUCUAGCAGUGAAAGUGUGAUAUCGUAUACCUGUACCUGUAAACCGUUGUGCGCGUGUGUGUGCCUUUGUGUAUCAAUUUUGUGGAAAACAGAAAAUACAUCAAAAUGGUUUACAAUUUCAAAGUCUUCAAGAAGUGCGCCCCUAAUGGAAAGGUUACGCUGUACAUGGGCAAGCGUGACUUUGUAGACCACGUUUCCGGCGUUGAACCGAUCGAUGGUAUCGUCGUCCUCGAUGAUGAGUACAUUCGUGACAACCGUAAGGUAUUCGGUCAGAUUGUCUGCAGUUUCCGCUACGGCCGCGAAGAGGACGAGGUGAUGGGACUAAACUUCCAGAAGGAGUUAUGCCUCGCUUCCGAACAGAUCUACCCGCGUCCGGAAAAGUCGGACAAGGAGCAGACCAAGCUCCAGGAGCGACUGCUGAAGAAGCUGGGUUCGAACGCCAUCCCGUUCACGUUCAACAUCUCGCCGAAUGCCCCGUCUUCGGUCACGCUGCAGCAGGGCGAAGAUGAUAACGGAGACCCGUGCGGUGUGUCGUACUACGUGAAGAUCUUUGCCGGUGAGUCGGAAACCGAUCGUACGCACCGUCGCAGCACCGUGACGCUCGGCAUACGCAAGAUCCAGUUCGCACCGACCAAGCAGGGCCAGCAGCCGUGCACGCUGGUGCGCAAGGACUUUAUGCUAAGCCCGGGAGAGCUGGAGCUCGAGGUCACACUAGACAAGCAGCUGUACCUGCACGGGGAGCGAAUAGGCGUCAACAUCUGCAUCCGCAACAACUCGAACAAAAUGGUCAAGAAGAUUAAGGCCAUGGUCCAGCAGGGUGUGGAUGUGGUGCUGUUCCAGAAUGGUAGCUACCGCAACACAGUGGCAUCGCUGGAGACUAGCGAGGGUUGCCCAAUUCAGCCCGGCUCCAGUCUGCAGAAGGUAAUGUACCUCACGCCGCUGCUAUCCUCGAACAAGCAGCGACGUGGCAUCGCCCUGGACGGUCAGAUCAAGCGUCAGGAUCAGUGUUUGGCUUCGACAACCCUAUUGGCUCAACCGGAUCAGCGAGAUGCUUUCGGCGUUAUCAUAUCGUAUGCCGUAAAGGUUAAGCUUUUCCUCGGCGCACUCGGCGGCGAGCUGUCGGCGGAACUUCCAUUUGUGCUGAUGCACCCAAAGCCCGGCACCAAGGCUAAGGUCAUCCAUGCCGACAGCCAGGCCGACGUAGAAACUUUCCGACAGGAUACAAUCGACCAGCAGGCAUCAGUUGACUUUGAAUAGACGACGCAACGGUUUGGAAAUGCUACCUACUACCCCAGGCAUGGGCUAACACGACAAACGAACUACUACUACUAAGCAUAAAAAACAGGAAAAAAAAUGAAAAACUUAAAAAAUGGAUCAUACAACCGAACGCAAACGACCUACGACGAUCGAUCUCACUUCCCCGUCUUUUUCAUCCUAGGCAAUAGAACGAUGGUAGAAAAGGAAGAUAAAGAUGGAGAGAAAGUCACGUGAAUCAAUGACGACGACUACCAAAACUGAAGACGUACCACACGUUCCCCAGCGAGCGGUAACUGUUCUGUUCUGACACCUUCCGCUCGACAAUGUACCUUUUAAAAACAUACAAAUUAGAAAUCGUCUUCACUACCUUCAACCAAUCCGGCCACUUUGGUAUAUACUUUUCAUAGAAUCCUUCUGAGCGCAAGGACCCUAUUGAAAUUCAGUGUUAUUUUGUAACUGCGACCAAAUGCCUAGCUGAAUGUUGUUGAACGAGUUAUGUACAUCAAAUGAUUGAAUAAAACAAAACAAAAAUAAGAACAUUGGUUUGAACACAUCAAAAA